GUGCCUUGAAUUUCAAUGCUGAUGCUGCUGAUUCCAUUCCAGGAGAAGGACAACCUACAGAUAUAAACUCGGUAAAUAAAGAUAGGAAAGACACUACCAGUGAUCAGAACAGAAGUAAUUUACCACUUCCUAGUCUGUCUUCUGAAAGAGGUACAGAUUAUGAAAGCUCUUCCACAAAGCGUCAUGGCUUGUGUAAUCCAGAAAAUCAGUAUGGGAAUUGCGAAGACUUCCACCAAUAUUUUGGUACCAGUAAAAGUUCAAAGAAUCGCAACUUGCAAAGCCAGAGAUGGCACAGAUCAAGAAACGAUAGCACAUGUACUAGAAGUAAGAUGAGUCAAAGUACUGCUGAUGCUGCUGCAGUUCCAGGAAUUUCUGAUGCUGUAGUAGUGCCUGGGAGAAGAGCACCUCCUAGAGGAUACAAUGACUUUUUCUCCUCGGAGAGUGACAGGGAGGUUCCUAAUGCAGAUAGCAGAGGAGCAAAGCCAAAGAAAACACAUGUGACGCAUGCCUCUGGAAGAGGUUUCAGGGAGAAGGGAAAGCAAGUACAUGAGCGGGAAAAGAGAGUGAUGUCUAAACAGAAAGUAGGGCUGUUUGAAAAUGUUCCAUCUCUGGAUUUGACUCAGUCUGACUCUUCGGAAUCAUCUGUUGGAAAAGCAUUCUGUGAUGUACCUUUUGGUAGCGGGGAUGAGCAGAAAGGCUACAAUUAUGUGAACAAAAGAUAUCCCCGGAAGCCUGUGUGGAAUAAACCCCCAGCAGAAAAGGAGUCUCAGAAAAGACAUGAUUCUUACUGUAGUAAAAACACAAAAGUAGGUAAGAAGUCUUCUCUUGCACAUACUCCAAAAGAUAAAAAUGAGAAGAAGAAAGAACUCUCUGUUCACAAAAGUGAUGAAAACUUUACCAACGAAAUCAGGCCUCAAUUGUCUGAUUCUGUCAGAUGUAAUGGAAGAAAGUUCUUGCUAAAGGGGGAUCAGACACCUGCACUUCAUUUCAGCUGGACCCAGUACUGGAAAAAGCAAAGUGAUGUACCAAAAAACAAAGAAACUCAUACAGGGUCACUGAUUGAACAGCUGACCACAGAGAAGUACGAGUGUAUGGUAUGCUGUGAGGUGGUCCGAAUAGUAGCCCCAGUGUGGAGCUGUCAGAAUUGUUAUCAUGUAUUCCACUUGAAUUGCAUUAAGAAGUGGGCACGAUCGCCGGCUUCCCAAGCUGAAGAUGGUAAUAGUGGUUGGAGAUGUCCAGCUUGUCAGAAUGCCUCUACACAAGUUCCCAAAACUUACACUUGUUUCUGUGGUAAAGUGCACAAUCCCGAAUGGAAUAGAAAUGAAAUCCCACAUAGCUGUGGGGAACUUUGUGGAAAGAAGAGACAGUGUUUGGACUGUCCACAUCUUUGUAACAUGUAA